AUGGCGCCAGGCUUGUCGACAAUAAAUAGGAUCUGUGCCCUGUCCCUUCCACAUCGAUCGCCAUCGACGUCCUUAUCCCGCUUGAGACUGAGAUCGAUUUCUCCAAUCUCCACCCCAGUGUCGGUCUUUUCCUUGACACCCCAGCGAUCCAGCCUUGUCGGCUUACAACCUCUUCACACCUUCUCUCGCAGCCAGACAGUCCCAGUGCGAUCGCGAACUCUGCAUAACCUGAAUAGACUUUUAGUGUGGAAGUCGACUAGUCUCUUGCGCGUUUAUUCAACAGUCGUUGUUCACAGCAAAGGCGGAGCGCGAUUCCGGAGAACAAUCAGCUUUCUCAUUAUCAGCACACUUUCGUUCCUCAUCGGAGGUUACUACGCACUUAGUUACGCGCCUCCUAUCCUAACACCGCUCAUCAUGGGUUCAAUGCCGACCGACGUUGAGACUCUCGCCAUGUACCAGCCCAAUGACGACUUCGCUCGAGAGGUCGAUGAACACAUCCGAAACUGCCCAUUGGCACAAUCGUUACGGGCAAACCCCGAUUUCAAAGAGUCGAGACCACACCUGAAGAUCCCGCCGGAGAUCCGGCAACACAACUUGACCGCAGGCACGUUGUCCGGACCGGGCAUGCUGGUUGUACCGCCAUACUACUUCAAUGAAAAGGACGGCAAGUCCAUGGUGCAAAUUUUCUAUGUUGGCGGUGACGUUUGCGGGCACCCGGGCCUUGUCCAUGGCGGGUUCAUUGCUACCAUACUCGACGAGGGGCUCGCUCGGUGUGCGUUCCCCGCCAUGCCCAACAAAGUCGGCGUCACGGCCAACUUGGAGAUUAACUAUCGCAAGCCCACUGCCGCCGGUCAGUUCCUCGUCCUCAGAGCAAAGACAACCAAAGUGGAAGGCAGGAAGGCAUGGGCAGAAGGUUGGAUCGAAAGCCUUGAAGUUCCGGAGGGAGAGGAGCCGGCCAAGUUGGUUGAGGCCAAGGCCCUCUUCAUCGAACCCAAGCAUGCAAAGGUGUUACAAUCACUUUACAAGGUCAACGACAACGAAUGA